AUGGGUGACAGCUGGGGUCCUGCAGGGUCCCAUCCUGCCCAGCCCCAGCACCCCUCUGCCCCGGGGGCUGCACGGGCUGGGAACCGGCGCUCACCUUCCUCUGGAGCUGCCUCCGGCUGCUUCGUCCCCCACCGCCUCUUCCUCCUGAAGCGCAGCUGCGUGGACCCGGCCCCCUCUUCCUGCCCCAUGGCAUCGCUCUCCGGUCCCACGGCUGCGCCCGGUGCCCCCGGCUCUGCCAGCACCUCUGCCCCUUCCUCACCCACUGGCAGCAGGGGGGACGCUGCUUCCUCCCGCCUCUCCUCCUCCUCCUCCUCCUCCGCCCGCUCCACCUCCGCUUUCUUCUUGGGGAAGGGGUCCUCCUCGUGGUCCCACAGCCCGUAG